CUGGGGGAAAUGCGCUGGGCAGGAGCAGGGCUGGGGCAGCCAGCACAGGCACAGUGCAAGGGUGCUCUGGGCUGCCCUGCUGCAUGGACAGAGGGGUUUUCCUUGGGACAGACAGGCACAGGCUCUGCUGGGACAGGAGAGCACAGAGACCUGAGCCUUGUGUGCUGCCUGUGCAAGUGGUUCUCCUGCCAUGGGGACAGCUGUGCUCCAGAGGUGCUGUGCUGGGAACAUAAAGGGUUAAGCAGCUCUGGCAGCAGCAGUUCCAGGCAGUGUGGCUUGCUCUGCUCCCAGAAUUACCCCCUGUACAUCCGGAGUGUCCCCACAGAGAACGAGCUGAAGUUCCACUACACCGUGCACACCUCCCUGGACGUGGUGGAUGAGAAGAUCUCAGCCAUGGGCAAAGCCCUGGUGGACCAGAGGGAGCUCUACCUGGGGCUCCUCUACCCCACUGAAGACUACAAGGUCUAUGGCUACGUGACCAACUCCAAGGUGAAGUUUGUCAUGGUGGUGGAUUCCUCCAACACAGCCCUGAGGGACAACGAGAUCCGCAGCAUGUUCCGGAAGCUGCACAAUUCCUACACAGACAUCAUGUGUAACCCCUUCUACAACCCCGGGGACAGGAUCCAUUCCAGGGCUUUUGAUACCAUGGUGAACUCCAUGAUGAUGCAGGUGUGCUGAAGCCCUUCCCACCCCCCUGGGAAACAUUCCCUGUGUGCAGGAGCAUGCCUGCAGUGCUGUAAAUAUUCCAUUCUAUGUAAUAAUUUAAAUUUGUUCUGUGUAAAAUAAACCUGACACCUGCAA